CGAGUGGGACGAGAGGUGCAGGGAACAGUCGGGUAGACAAGCAGUCUGAGAAGAGCAUGAGAGAGAGGGAGGAAUAGGAGACAAGUGGAGGAGACGAAGCAUGAGCACUUAAGGACGUUCCUCAUCUCUUCAAGCCCUGCCUGGCUGGAAAUGUCUCGAUUAGGACUUCAAUUGCUAUGCCUCGUCUUGUUUCACGGCCUGAAGGCUUGUGCAAGAAAUCUCGACAGCAGGACAUGCUUUGAAAGGGUUGUAACAGGACAGGUCGCUUUGAACCAUUGCGAGAAAGCAAGCUCAGAGCUGCUUCAUAUCCUUGCUGACCACCUGUCAGGUCACUCAAGCGGAUGUCUAGCAGAGACAUGGAUCCUCCUCGGGACCAGGUUUCAUGACAUCCUCUCGUUCCCAGACGAGGCGAUCACGUCUGAGCGACUGUCUGCCGCUCGUUGUGAUGGUCGGAACGUUCCAAGGCUGUGGAAGCCCUACGUCUCACAUGCCAUGCGAGCGAUCGUGACGGGUCUGAGACUGCUGAGCGAUGUCAAGGAAGCUCCAAAGCAAGGUACUCACGCGGCAUUGUCUCUUGCACGCGUGCUGCUGCAUCCUUGCACGCUUGCAGACAAGGCAUCCCAUCCCUUCCUCCAUCUCGUCCACAAGUACGCGUGGUCCAACCAAGCCGAGAAGAGCUCCGCCCUAGACCAGAGCAUAACGGAAGCGAAAGCUCUGAGGAACGCAGGACGAUGCAAGGAGGCGGUCGAGGCGAUUCAUGCAACUGCUAAGCGACAUUCCUCGUCGAUGA